CGUGUGUUGUUCUUGCUGUUAAGCAACUGUCAACUGUACGAGUACUAGUGUCACUUCUCGCAUUAAAAAUAACUCAGUCAUGAUUCGCUUUAUUCUCAUUCAAAACAGAGCUGGAAAGACCAGGCUAGCUAAGUGGUAUAUGAAUUUUGACGAUGAUGAAAAACAGAAAUUAAUAGAGGAGGUUCACGCAGUGGUGACUGUCCGUGAUGCUAAGCACACCAACUUUGUUGAGUUUCGUAACUUCAAGAUUGUAUAUAGGAGAUAUGCUGGUUUGUAUUUCUGCAUUUGUGUCGAUGUCAACGAUAAUAAUUUGUGUUAUCUAGAAGCAAUACACAAUUUUGUUGAAGUAUUAAAUGAGUAUUUCCAUAAUGUAUGUGAAUUGGACUUGGUUUUUAAUUUUUAUAAGGUAUAUACAGUUGUAGAUGAAAUGUUUUUAGCAGGUGAAAUAAGGGAAACCAGUCAAACAAAAGUGCUAAAACAACUUUUAAUGUUAAAUUCGUUAGAAUAAAAA